AUGGCCAAACCCCUCUUCCGCCUGCAGAAGCUUCUCCUCCGAACGCAGUUCCUGCUCUUCUUCCUCACGGCCGCCUACCUGAUGACGGGCAGCCUGCUGCUGCAGCGAGCCCGCGUGGCCCUCCCACCAGGGCCCCGAGCGCCCGGCCCCCUACAGGCCCUGCCUGUGGCCGCCGUGGCGCUGGGCGUGGGCCUGCUGGACAGUGGGGCGCUGCAGGCCCCCCGCGUCAGCCCGGAGCUGCUGCUCGGCGUGGAUGUGCUGCGGAGGCCCCCGGCCCGGCCCCGGCCCGGCCCCCGUGGGCUCUGGAGCCGGAACUCAGAGCUGCCCCCGCUGAGGCGUCGCCGCUGGUUCCACCACCUCGCGGGAGACACCCAGGGGCCGCCCGCCCCGGGCCCUGAGGCCCCUAGGCCCGCAGCCAGCAGCCGAGGUACCUACGUCGGCUGCUUCAGCGACAGUGGCCGCGACAGAACACUGAGGGGCACCGUGUUCUUCGAUUUGAGAAAGAUGACUGUGUCCCACUGCCAGGACGCGUGUGCUGAGCGGUCCUAUGUGUACGCGGGCUUGGAGGCUGGGGCUGAGUGCUACUGCGGGAACCGGCUGCCGGUGAGGAGCGUCCGGCCAGAGGCGUGUAACCACGAGUGCAAAGGGGAGAAGGGCUCCGUGUGCGGGGGCGUCGGCCGGCUGUCCGUCUACCGCGUGGAGGACCUGCAGCUCGGCUCCAGGAAGCGGAGGACCGUCACGUACCGCGGAUGCUUCCGACUGCCGGAGAACGGCACCCACACCUUCCCCGACUCCCUGACGCAGGCCAAUGCGACGGUGGACGCGUGCUCGGGAUUUUGUUCCCAGAAAGAGUUUCCACUGGCCAUCCUGCGGGGCUGGGAGUGCUACUGCGCUUACCCCACGCCUCAGUUCAGCCUUCGGGACGCCGUGGACAACUCGCUGUGCGGCCAGGAGCCCGAGGCACAGAGCCUGGCCCAGUACUGCGAGGUCUACCAGACGCCCGUGCAGGACACUCGCUGCACGGACAGGCGGUUCCUGCCCACCAAGUCCAAGGUGUUUGUGGCUCUGUCAAGCUUCCCGGGAGCCGGGAACACGUGGGCACGGCACCUCAUCGAGCACGCCACAGGCUUCUACACGGGGAGCUACUACUUUGAUGGGACCCUGUAUAACAAGGGGUUCAAGGGCGAGAAGGACCACUGGCGCAGCCGGCGCACCAUCUGUGUGAAGACCCACGAGAGCGGCCGGAGGGAAAUCGAGAUGUUCGACUCGGCCAUCCUGCUGAUCCGGAACCCAUACAGGUCCCUGGUGGCCGAGUUCAACCGCAAGUGUGCCGGGCACCUGGGCUACGCGGCCGACCGAAACUGGAAGAGCAAAGAGUGGCCGGACUUCGUGCGCAGCUACGCGGCGUGGUGGUCCUCACACGUGCUAGACUGGCUGCGGUACGGCAAGCGGCUGCUGGUGGUGCACUAUGAGGAGCUGCGGCACAGCCUGCUGCCCAAGCUGCGGGAGAUGGUGGCCUUCCUCAAUGUGUCCGUGAGUGAGGAGCGGCUGCUGUGCGUGGAGAACAACAAGGAGGGCAGCUUCCGGCGGCGCGGCCGGCGCCCCCACGACCCUGAGCCCUUCACCCCCGAGAUGAGGGCGCUGAUCGACGGCUACAUCCGGACGGUGGACAAGGCGCUGCGUGACCACGGCGGGGCCGGGCUGCCGGGCGAGUACGUGCCCAGAUGA